AUGUUGCCAAGCGCUCGUCAGCUCGGAGGCUCCCAAAGAAGGAGCGACUCUUCAAAAAGAAUCGACGCUGGAAUAUGGUAAGAGAUUGUGAAAAUCGUUAAAAGUUUGCUGAGAACAGCCUACGUAAAGAUGUAAUCAUCCAACCUUUUCGUUUGUUCCCAAAAUCGUGUCCGAAUCAUUCAGUGUUUCGUAACAUUUCAAUUUUCGAGCGAAUGGUGUUUGAAAUCGGAAUAUUGUGCAUUGAAAAGUGUUUUGACAGGACCAAAUCAAAACGUUCUCCGUUUUGAUACGCCUCCAAGAUCAUUCAUUUCACGUUUUCCGCUCUCGCUGCCCGCUACAUUGUAACUUUUCCAGGAUAGAAGACGAAAAGUGCAAUGAACGGACCGUCGACCUCCGAAAUCGAAGUACCGAAAAAGUUCCUGCCGAUUCUCCCGGGUCGCAAAUUCAUUCAGCGAGCCACACUGCCGUACGAGCUCCGUGCCGUCGAUCAAAUGUCUCUGCGUAGUUAUCAGAAGUACGCGUCCAGAUAUUACGCACACAAGCAAAUCACGGAACGAUACGAGGGAAAGCCGCUUGGCGUAAGCUAACGAAACUUCAGGAAAUACGUAAAAACUGUCUUCUUUUCAGAAGUGCUCGAUAUGCAAUCUGGAACGCUUCUGGUUCUAUAGAACAAUCAGCUGCCCCAGAUGUCGCGUGGAUUCCCACGAACAGGUAGUCAUAACGGAAGAAGUUCUUCUCAAUUCGUUCGUUUUCAGUGCCACAACAACGUCACCGGCAGUUCACCCUUCUGCGCCGUCUGCCUACAACAACACUUCGGACCGAGGGAUCCACGAAUGUAG